UUCUGAUUUUUCUAGAAGUUUUCUACUUUUUAUAUGGAAAGAAUGUGUUUUUAAUGCGAUUUUUAUGAUCUAAACAUGAAUAAUAAUUUCAUGAUUUUUAUUAAAAUGGUUAUUGAAAAUAGUUUCCUUGUUAGCUAAUAAGCAUAGUGUUCGUUUAAGUUAAAAGCGACAUGUAAAUAAAGUGUAUGAUAUUUUUUUAAGAUAAAGUUCCGUAUCAGAUAAAAAAUAACCUCUAAUUAUUAAUUAUUAAUUAAUAAUGGAAUUAAGAAAUUAUAUGUUAAAUUCCUCAGUCGAUUUAGUUGACUGUGUGAUCGACGAAGUUGCUUUGGAGGGCUUAGAUGGAAUAACUUUAGAAGCAUUAUGGCAACGAAUGGCUCUUCGACUUCAGGAAGAUUUACCUCUAACAGAAUCGUUAAUGGAACAAAUCUGGUCAACAUGUUCAAAAGUCAAAGGUUUUAUGUUUUACGAAUUAAAAAAGGCAAGAGAGCCUCUUAUCAUUUUCGAUCGUUUUGAACUAUUGAAUGAGGACGAAAAGAAGGCAAAAAUUCCAAAAGACAUCUAUCCUCACUUUCCAAUUGACGAUUUACGAAAUGGUAUUAGAGGUUCAUGUUCAUCGUACAACACCCGCGUGGAUAUUACUCUCGAUGCAAGAUAUUACGCACUUGAAGAUAUAAUAACUAAUUACGAGCAAAAAUUCAUUAUUGUCGCAUCACAAAGUUUAAGGGAACGUGCUUUGGUUGGUGAUACAGCAUGUCCAGUGAUGGAAAUGAAUGUUCUUCAAUUUUGUUUUCUCGAGAGAGUUGGACGUGCUCGUUAUCAUGGCGAUGUUUCCAGCGGUAAAACUGGUAUCGGCUCAAUUUCCGACGAUCCCAAAUCACUGUUCUAUCAUCGAAAAUUUUUAUUGAAACAGAAAUUAAUUACAAAACAAGCCUAUUCAGAGCGUGUCUCCGGCAACAGUUACAGUGGCAGUUUACUUCAUCUAACGAGAUUUUACGUCGAGAGAAGACCAAAAUUUAUCCUCCUUUCCGAAAGUAUAAUCAACUAUCUUAAAUCCAAGCCCAACUAUAUAUCAAGUUACGAGGAAUUAAAGGAAAAAUUAGAGUUGAAAGUUCCUUUGAAAAAGAUCUUCAAGACGCCAAUACUCAAAACAAUCAUCAAGACCGAUAUUAAAGUACCCUAUGGAAAUUUAAAUCCACAAUCUACCGAAUUGACCAAAAAUGGAUUGACUCUAGCUGAAAAAAUAGUGAGAGCUGUACAACUCGUGGAUCCAAAUAUCGACAUCAAUCAAUUUUGGGGAAAACAUGAUGGACCAGAUGAAGAAGAAUCAUACGAUUUGGACACAUCGAGGCAAAAAUUAAACGUAUCGUACCUGAAGCAAGCGAAUAAAUUCGUAGAAGACGCUCGUCAUCGAGGAUUAAGUCAAUCAGAACUCGGAGCUAAACUCGGCAUGACGAAAUUACAUACACGAACGAUUCUUCGAAAUUUAGUAAAAACGCGAAUAGUCGCAACCUACAUGAAUGACGUUGGAAAGCAAAGGGUCACAAAAUACAUAGCUAAAAAGUAUGAAUAUUCAAGUGAAAUGAGCAAACAAUUAAUACAAGAAAUGGACAAAAUGAAAGAAUUUAAUCGCUCCUCACAGGAGGAGAAAAAUAAUGAUCAGCCACCACCAUUACCACCACUACAAGUGAAUCUACAAGUAAUUCCAUUAGUAAAUCAACCAGUGAUUGAACCAGCAAUUUUACCGCUAGAAAUCCCAGAAAAUGAAAUUCAACCAAUGGAUACAAAUGAGGAUGUUCACGUUACUGAUGAACUGCAAAAUUAUCAAGUUCAACGUGACGAGCAAUUAUUUGCGAGUGUUAAUAAAAUUUUUGCAAAAUAUAAAAAUUUACGAUCUCGAACUGCGUAUCGUUAUACGCAUUUGAAUUUGGCACAACUUCGCGCAACAACUUUCUGGAAUCAAAAUGAAGGGGAAUUUGAAUCGCAAGGCACACAAAAUGACAAUGAGACACCGAUUUCUAGUCAAAGUGGUGCAACAUUACCUCAGAAUAGUAGCGUUUUCAAGGAUGUUAAAACGAAAAUUGUCGCUUCAUGUGGCGGUAAAAAGAAGAAUCAAGUUACUGGCUUUUUGGAGAAUUUCAAAAACAGCAAUCAAAAGAAUGUCACCUAUCGACUAUUGAAACGUGCCAAUCUCAUUAUCGAAGCGGUGAAAGAGAAGAAAGUUAUUGAUGACACUUCAAAACUCCUCAAGAUGAUCAAAGAAGAGGAGGAUAAAGAAGGCUAUUUCGUGAGGAUCGAUAAAAGAUCUUUGGCAAGAGUUCUGCAAAGAUUAGCCAAGGAUAAUUUAGUGAAAUACAUUAAAUUAACGCUGAGUGAUAACGCGAGACAAAAAGUCGUUACCUACAUUUGUGAUCCAAGUAUCGAUAAAAAUCACUCUCUCAUUCAGUCAGCUGUCGAACAAGCCAAAAUUAAAUUUUGCUUGCUACGAGCACCAAAUGUGAGGGCCUCAAAAUCAAAUCCGUCGAAAAAACAAAAUUUAACUCCGCUAUAUACUUCCGAUAGUUUGGAAGUGACAAACGUCAAUCUCUUCCUCGAUCCCAAAAUCGGAAAGAAAUAUGGCUACAGUCCAAAGUUUUUGAGAAUGAAAGCCCUACACAAUCUGCUAUUCUACUUAGUCUAUGAGCAUAAUGGAGAAUUACAAAAUGCAAGAGGUGAUCAAAUAGAAAAGUUCCGCGAGGAAGGAAUUUUCAUUGACGAUGAAUUAGAGGCAAAAAUGAAUGAGAUCUACACGAAUGAAGUCAAUUGGAAGAUGUUUAUACCACCACUACACAAACAUCCUGGUUGGUCAGACGGAUGGGCUUUAAUGUGCGACGUUCUUAUUCGUCUACCGCUUUCAAUUUUCGUCAAAGUUUACAACAUUCCCUACGUGAUACCAGAUCUCGAAUCCUAUUUGGAUCACCCGAUCAAGAAACAUUUUCUCGUUAAGGAUAUCUCGCCUUUCUUGAGAAACAUUCUCCUGAAAUCGCGUAAAUACAUUUUUGUCAUUCACGAAACAAUAACUCGUCUCUGCUAUCUCGGCCUCGUUCAAUUUGGUCCACAGAAACUCAAAGAGAAGGAUCAAAUCUUCCUCUAUGUUAAUCGUCGCGGACAACUUACAGACACAACAAGUUCCUCCGUCAGCUAUCAUCGAAUCGAGGAGAAAUCCUAUCCAGUGAGACGGUACGAAUUCAAAACAUUGCUGGAUGUUGAAAAAUAUUGGUACGAUAUGUGGGAAAUUUGUAUCCACACAUCAUUGGGUGGUCGACUAGCGGUUCAAGGGAAGGAUAUUUUACUGGAGGAUUUGCCAAAGAAGGCCGAAAUGAUAACGGCGGCGAAACCUCGUGAUCCGGAGAAAGUACAAGAGAAUGAUAAUGGUGAAGUGCCUGGUGAUCAUCAAGGAGCAGCUGGACUCGAUUCUGCUUUAUUCUCCCACCUCAAACGAAAUUGGACAUGGGGUCACAAUAAUUACACAUACCAGCAAUACAAAACAUCUCAGGAAAAUCGAAAAAUUCUUUUAGAUACGACACCAAAAUCACUGGAGGAAGCUAUUCAGGAUUCGACUUUCGCGAGUGCGAAAGAAAUACGUUACAAGAAAGUGACAAAGUCGAGUGUCAAGGCAAAGGCUGCGGUGACAUCGAAUACAGAGAAGGAAGUUAAAGACACUAGUAAACCAUCAUCAUCAACUUCAAAAGUUCAACCAAAGAAAAAGUCCUAUGUCCGUCGAGUGCUACCAAGAAAAAUAACCGUGAAGAAACGUGUAAAAUACGACGAAGUCGAUUACAAAGCUCUACAACGAAUGGACAAACUUCGCGUCGAUUGGGAACCGCACGAGGACAAUAUUCUCCUAAUGUGCAAGGUCGCAAUGAUGUAUCUCUUCCCGAAUCCUCGUAAGCAAUUCGUCACUUUCAUUGCUGUGCGCGACAUCCUAAGAACCUACUCCAACUGCUCCAACAACAAGACUUCGCGUGCCUGUCAACGAAGACUCCACUACAUGCUCAAACAAUCGCAAACAAUAAGCAGCGUAAUGCUCGGAAUCGAGGAGAUCAAACAAAAUUACUUCGUCAACAAGCGUUUCAACGGUCUCGUCGAUCGCAUCAAGGGCGAGUGUCACAAUCCCGUCGAGUAUGAGGAGAAAGUAACAAAAAUCUUCAAAGAACUUGUCGCCUACAUUUCGAAAAAAUAUUACGACAUCUCAAACAUGGAACCCAGAGAUCCGGUAAUGGUACCCCAAACAAUUCAAGCUUUCAAUCUCAUCUACGAUUUGCGACAUCCCUCAAAGGUCCUCAAUCCCAAGGGUUUCACCAAAGACGUCAAGAAUCCCAACGACGUUCACGUGGCAAUCCUCAACAGCGUAAUUCACAGUUCCAUGUGCUCCGGCAAAGAUCGCCGCAGCUGGGCCUAUCAACUAUUCAAAAUUUAUCAACAGUACUCGGAGGCGAAUCUUCGAGCCGCGAUAUUCAAAAUCCGCAGCGAUCAAAUGGUAUCAAUCCGAAGAGGCGUUCUCAGAACCGCAACUGUUCCAAAAAGUGGCAACUACAUGCCAAUGACAAACGCCCAAUACCAACUGUCUCUUAACUACUACUACAAAUUCCAAACCAAAUGGCCCUACAGCGUCUUCUCCGAAUCCUACAAUCUUCUCUACAAACUAAUACAAUGGCAAUGCGAGAACCAAAGUCCAGAAUUAAAUUUCACCGUACCGCCAAAUGUCCCCGGAAUCGAAAUGCAACCAAUCACGGGCGGAGUCGUCGCCGGUAUUCAUGACUUUUUCGCCAAAGAUCAAUUGGAAUUUGAAAUCGAGAUGCCCGAUCAGGUCAUCAUGCUAGAUCCCCGCUUGCAGGAGAAGAACGACGUUUAUCUAAAGAUCGCCAAACGUUACCAAUCCCUUCUGAUGAAUUACAACUACGCGACUGAAUCCGGUGCACAAAGAGUGGAAGUCAGCAAUCGAGCAAUUCUCCAAGAACUCGACGAUAGACCAGAACAAGUGCCUAAUUCCGAAAUAAUGCAGAGACCUCUACUCAAGAAAGGAACAAUCGACGACAAUUUUACAGUCGAGAAUCCAAACACCGUCUUCCUCGAGGAGCCGAACUGGAAUCAAAAUGACACCGCUCCUCAAAGUACCGACAUUGAUCGAAUCAACCUACGUGGCAUCAAACGCUGUCCCUCGAGCGACGACGACGACGACGACGACGACGAACCGCACGAGAAAAGACAACGAGUCGAUGACACCACACACGUCACACACGAAGCGAAACGACAAAGAAAACUCGAUAACGUCAACUCCGAUUUGGAACCACUACUCAUCACUAACUCACACUCGAAUACAAUGCGACAAUUCUAUUCCAAGAAUCUACAAAAAGUCCAAGCGGCACUUCUCGGAACAAUGAGAGAGCCAAAUCGAUUACCACAAAAACCCGAGGAGCAGGAGAAUGAAAAAUUAAAGGAAUCGAAAAAAGAGAUCAUUGACGUAGAUCCACUGCAAGUUGAUCAACCACCUAGGGAUGCGGAUGACUUCGAACCGCGACCAGCUCGUCGCUGCAUAAACGAUUUUUAUUACACACGAUUCGGAAUGUUGAAAAUGAGACAAGAAUACACUGAACUUACAUUAGCUGACAGUCAUCAUGCUCACGAUUUUUUCGUCGUCAAUUCAUUCAACAUAUUCCACAAACUAAAAUUGUCGGAUGCUGAUGGACCAAGAAAAUUAGACGUACAUCAGGGUUACGAAAUUCCCUCGGACAUAUUACCAUUGAAACUGAAUACAGUAAAUAAUCUACUGUCAAGAAUUAAGAAAAACGCUAUUUUUCCAAAACAAAUCAUUUCGUAUCAGGAAUUUCAACAAAUCGUGAUGGAGAAAGUGAGAAUUCCUUGGGCGAUUGUUCACGCCGUUUGUAUGUUCAUCAAGGAAAAGAAGGAAUUGGGUGCUACUUUAGUGGACCUAUCGACGACAUUCCAAUGCAUUGGCGAUGCACUUUCCAACAUUCUCACUAUAUUAACGGAAUAUUUUCAAGUUUUACGAACUGGCGUCACGAAUGUUCGUUACGUUCAUCAGCAACAUUCCGAUUCAUGGCUAAUUCGUUCCUGUAAAAUUCUACGUCUCGAACAAGAAGCCCUACAAUCUGCACCAAAAGGUGCGACUUAUGUUUUAAAUGAUGAAACAAAAACGCAGACAAAUACCGAUGAAAUAAUACCAAAGCAAGAGAUUCAUUCACCCGAGAGAAUGGAACACGAUGGAGAAAAUUAUGUCGAUGAACAUGAAAAAUUAAAUGUCGACAGGGGAGAUGAACAAGAGAACAAGGAACAUGACGAUGAACUGGCGAAUGAAGAUGCCAGUGACGGAUUAUUAAGACGAAGCUCUAGACAGAGAAAUACAGUGAAAAAGGACAAAGAGAUUCUUCAAAUCGAACAAAUGUUAAAUGCAAAUCCAUCAGAAGAAGUAAAUGUAGCGAUAAAACCGUGGAUUCAUGUUGAUGGAAGUCUAAAUCGACGAGUACUUGACAGAAUGAUGGGGGCAAUUUUAUCGUACUGCAUAAAACAUCCUGGAGUUAUGUUAAACAAAAUACAAAAUCGAUUUAUUCCAGCACUUCAACCUUUCCACACAAGAGAGCUAGUCGAGAUACUUAUCGAACUGGGAUGUCUGAAUGUACGCGUUUUAAAGCCUCAACGUGUCACACUUUUCUCAAUACCAACUGACAUAAAAUUUUCGGGAAAUCCUGGAUUGUCACAGGAAGAGGAAUUAGUGAUCGAACCGGAAAUUGGAGCCACGUUACGUUUCGGCACAUAUUUGAGCAAUAAGACUUAUAUUUCCGAUUUUCUUACGUGAUAUAAUUAAAUUAUUUAAGGUCAAAUUCAUCGCUAAAAGCUGUCUGUGUUCAUUUAUCUUUUUUUUCAGUGUUUUUUUUCAAUUUUUUUUUCUUUGUUACAUACCUAGAUUAAAAUGUUCUACAUCAGAGUAAUAAAUUAAGAAAAAUACACAUCAAUAUUUAGAGUAUAA